AUGCUUAGGUUCUCUCCGAGCAGUACAUGCCAGUGGAUUAUAAUCCACGUCCUUGGACUUUUCUUUAAACCAGAAUAUGCUUAUUUAAGAUCUCAAGGUCAUGUUUCAAUUGGAUACCUAGAGGACUCCUUCUUAGAAGAAGAUACUUACCAAAGUUGCAAAAAUACCUACCAAAGUUGUGAAAAUAAUGUCACAACAACAGCCAAUCUAUUGGAUAGCUUAGGCUUUUCUCCACAUCAGGAAAAGUCUGUCACUACACCAUCUCAAAUCAUUGAGCAUCUGGGGUUUCUCUCAAAUUCUAUAGACAUGACU